CCGCGAAGGGAAGGAACGAACUGCUAACAACAACAAGGGAAAGGGCAGAAUUUUGCUGGUCAUCGUCACCACCAAUACCAACACGCCGUCCCAGCCCAAGCAAUGGUCCGGUUAUUUAUUCCAGCGGAAGCCGGGGGGGCCUGGCAGCUGCCUUUUGCUCUGUCCAGCUCUUUUCUUCUUCUUCUUCUUCUCUCUGUCUCUGUCUCUCUGUCUCUCUUCUCGUCUUGACCCAGCUAGACAGCAUCAGUUAGAUCUUUAGCCAAUUCUUUACUUACUGACCCCCCGACGCUGUCACUAUCAAUAUGCUGACUUCCGCUGCCUUGAUUUUCUCGGCCCUCAUGGCCACCGCCGUGGGCAACUACACCUUCCCCUAUGGCUUCGACAUUGACAAUACCACCUUGACUGAGCGCUCUCAAUGGUGUACUGCCGAGCGGAACAGCUGCCCUCUGAUCUGCGGUGGAGUCGCCGAUGAGAACACCUGCGAUGCGACCACCCUCGCCUUCACUUGCGUCUGCUCCAACGGCUCCGAGGCCGACGUCGCUCUCUACGAGCAGACCGUCCCCUUCUACGUCUGCCAGGCUACCUACGCUCAGUGCAUUGAAGAAAACCCCAACAACCUCGAUGCCCAGGAGUCCUGCAAGGCCAACGAGACUUGCGGAACCCUCAACGCCAGCGCUGUCUCCACCACCUCGACCGCUGCUAGCACCGCCUCAGCCACGGCCAGCGCUUCCACCACCACCGGCUCCUCCUCGACUACCGCCUCGGCCUCGUCCAGCGCAACUUCCUCGGGUGCUGCUGCCGCCCUCCGUAUCGCCCAGGAUCACUCCACCAGCCUGCUGGUCGGUGCUUUCCUCGUCGCCUUCCGCGUCAUGCUGUAGAGCAUACCGUUCUACACUACCCUUCCUGGAAAUAAUUUGAAUCCCACCACCCCCUCCCAGAGUCUAUAGUUCGAUGCGCUCUGCUCAUUGUUACCCAAUACCGCCGCACUUGUAUCUUGUACUCGGCACGUGCCAUGUCUUUUUGUUUAGCCGUCUGUUGUUUGGUUUCUCUCUUCAUGUCUCAUGGUACGAACUUUUACGUCUGUCCUUAAUUGACGCCUGCACCUUCUAUUGAUGUCAGCGCGAUUUUGCUGGUUGAGACUAUCUUCCAUAGAAUAAUAGUAGUCAUUAUAUCCAUUGUAUACCUUGAUAGUACAGAGUACCUACCCUAUUGUACCACUUUGGUUUCAUAGCAGAUUUUACCCAAACACCAAUUAAAAA